CGCCCGAGCUGGCCAUGGCGGCCGCGGUGUCCGGUGUGGUGAGGCGGGUGGAAGAGCUCGGGGACCUGGCUCAGGCUCACAUACAGCACCUUAGCGAAGCCGCGGGGGAAGACGAUCACUUUUUAAUUCGGGCCUCUGCAGCUCUAGAAAAAUUGAAACUUUUAUGUGGAGAAGAGAAGGAAUGUUCAAAUCCAUCAAAUCUUUUGGAACUCUACACACAGGCCAUAUUGGACAUGACAUAUUUUGAGGAGAAUAAGCUAGUAGAUGAGGAUUUCCCUGAGGACUGUUCUCCACAGAAAGUAAAAGAGCUGCUCGCUUUUCUUUCAGAACCAGAAAUUUUAGCUAAAGAAAACAAUAUGCAUCCCAAACUGUGUGAUUUGCUUGGGGAUGAGCUACUGGAGUGCCUGUCUUGGAGACGAGGGGCCCUGUUGUAUAUGUAUUGUCAUUCUCUGACUAAGAGAAGGGAGUGGCUCCUGAGAAAAUCUAAUUUGCUUCAAAAGUACCUUGUUGAUGGGAUCAAUUACUUGCUACAGAUGCUAAAUUAUCGAUGCCCUGUCCAGUUAAAUGAAGGUGUUUCUUUCCAAGACCUAGACACAGCUAAGUUACUGAGUACAGGAAUAUUUAGUGACAUUCAUGUGCUGGCUAUGAUGUACAGUGGAGAGAUGUGCUACUGGGGAUUAAAGCACUGCACAGGUCAGCAGCCAGGACAUCGUGAAGUUGACACUGAUGCUUUCGGAGCAACCUGCACCACACACAAAGAACCCUUGGAUUUCCGAGAAGUAGGAGAAAAAAUUCUGAAGAAGUAUGUGUCGGUGUGUGAAGGACCUCUGAAAGAGCAAGAGUGGAGCACAGCGAACGCAAAGCAGAUCCUAAGCUUCUUUCAGCAGCACUGUAGCUAGGUGUUCAUCAAGGUCUCAGC